UCGAAGGUGAUUCGUGUGAUUUUACGUCGUGCCACUGGUGUACUGGCAAGAAGAGUCCUUGUUACAAUUGUGCUUUUCACUGCGUCGAGUUUGCUGUUUGCUGUGUAAUUACCAAACAAGUGUGUUUCUCUUAUCGAUCCCUACACUAAAGAGAACAUUUCAAGGACACGAAAAACCUCAUUUACGUGUCAGUGAUCCAAUUGUCCUUGUGCGUGGUGUAAAAAGGAAGAAAAAAUGUCAGCAGAUGCGGAACUGUCGUCCAUCCUGAACCGUCGUCAACAAAUCAACGACGCCCUCGAUAACGGUCAGGCAGUGAGGCCCACGUUCAAAGUGGUCAACAUCUACACCGAGUUCCACGAGUUCACGCGGAAGGAAAUCAAGGAUUAUCAGGCCACCUUCAGCAAGUACGACGUUGGCAACGAUGGAUACCUCGAUCUGGCCGAGCUGAAGUUUAUGAUGGAGAAGCUUGGCGCCCCACAAACGCACCUCGGCCUGAAGGGCAUGAUCGCCGAGGUGGACGAGGAUCAGGAUGGGAAAAUUUCCUUCCGCGAGUUCCUUCUAAUCUACAGAAAAGCACGUGCCGGAGAGCUCAUUUCGGAUUCCGGGCUCGGUCAGCUGGCUCGCCUGACCGAGAUCGACGUUGACGAGGUGGGCGUCGGUGGAGCGAAAGACUUCUUCGAGGCGAAGAUCGAGCAGCAGUUGCGCACGAACAAGUUCCACGACGAGAUUCGGCAGGAGCAGGAAGAGCGGCGCCGUAUGGAGGAGGAACGGCAGCUGAGGCGACAGCAGUUCCAGCAGCGUGCGGCGGUGUUCCAGUAGAAUGGAGAAGAAUCUUUCCCAAAAACCUCUCCUGCAAGGACAUCGGGGGGUAGGGAAGAUCGACCUUGUGUUCGAUGUUUUCAUGUUGUAAAAAUCAAAAGAUAGGAGAAACGAAAGAAGCUGCGAGCAGGAACUUUCGUCGCGUAGCAUUAAGGAAUUCGUUCAGUCAGCCACAGAAAGUCACAAGAAACACCAUCCAUCGGUAGACCCAAUCUGCAAAAGAAAAACCAGUCAAUCGUAGGUGGCGAUGUUGGUUUCAACACGUUUGAAACCGUUGGACAGAGUGUUAUUUUAAUUUUAGUUAUAAAUGUGUCAUGCUGGACGGGUGGAUUCAUUUAAUUUUAUUCUAACAAACACAGUGUCUUGAGUAGUGUGUUUUUUGCACUAAGGCAUUCAAUUUGCCACACAAUUUUACGUUUUUAUUUUCAAUGAUCCAACGUACGCUUUUCCUACGUUCAACCCUGGCUUGGUAUAGUUAACGUUCACACCCGAAGCACCUUACGGUAAGUGUAUGUGGUUUUGAAAAAAUAGAACAUGAAUAAGAAAUAGUUCCGCACACAGCACGAAACAAUUCCGUAUGAACAGUUUCCGCGUUCCGUCCGCAGGGGAAAAGAUGAUUUGAAACUGGACUGCAACUGGACCAUAAGUUGAGACACGUAACACGAUAAUUGUAGGAUUUGAGUCUGUUCAUAUUUUCAAUUGGAAUUGAAUCGAUGGUAACAUUCAAACAACAACCACCCCCUAGUCAAUAGCUGUCGUUUAUUGACGCGCAUAGAGCAAACUGGAAGGAUAUGGUUAGAUGGAAGAUAUAUUUUUGAUACGUAGGAUUUGUGAGAACGUAUUUUGAUGCGAGCUGGCUAAGGGCGGUUAGAGGAGGGGAUAAUGUAAGGCUAGGAAACGUGUGUUACCCGAGGGUUUGGGGAAGCGGGGGAAACAUACCUUAAGUGUAUAUUAGAUGUUUUAUCUGUUAAUCUGUAGUUGCUCUUGAAUAAAAAUACUGUACACAAUA